GCGUAUUGGAUUGGACCACGCCUGGCGGGCUAGUGUCGCUUGUCAUCACCGAUGCGUCGCACGCCAACGAGGAAGAAGAAUUCUUGGUGAACGGCAUGGUGCCGAGGCCUACACAUUACAAACUGGUGUGGAAAAUGGUGACGUUCGACGUGACGGACUUGUUCGGCAAGUUGGACCUGAAGAGGUGGCAGGCCACGUCUGCUGAGUUCAUCCGUCAGGUAUGGAUGACGGACUGUAAGAGUUUGGAAGAGGCCCUACAGAAUCCGAAGUGUGCAGAGCACUCGGAUAAGAGGUUGUCGAUUGAGAUAGCUUCUCUGCGGCAAGACCUUUGGCGGAAGAAGGGUGAUGAAACUGGAGACCUUUACGAGGAAGACUGCAAGCCAAAGGACAAGGACCUCGCGGACAAGGUGCGAUGGAUCGACACGGACGUGAUGGUUGAAGCGCAAAUGACCAUAUUCCUCUGGGUUGGAUUCGUUUGGUGGGUUGUACGUUGGGUGGCCCGGCUCGCCGGCUUCCCGCCACCGUCCGUGGGAGACGGUCUGCAAUGUGUGUUUUGGUUCACGGACUCUUCCGCCUGCGCUGUUGUGUGUCCAGUCGGUCCUGAGCCCUGCCUUGUGCGGUAA